GUCAGAAAUCUGUUAUUUUAACAAUGUUUUAAUUAUUGGAGUUCAUCGUGUGUUCCAUGUGCAUUGCAGCCAUGUGCUUCCCACCUUGUGCGCACGGAGGUACUUGUAUGCGCUGGAACAAAUGUUUAUGUUCUCCUGGUUGGACUGGAGAAGGCUGCCACACAGCUGUGUGUGAGCUGCCGUGCGCUAACGGCGGUCGCUGUGUGGGUCCCGAUACCUGCCAAUGUCCCUCAGACUACACAGGUUCCCAGUGCCUUUUGCCCUUGUGCACACCCGCCUGCCAAAAUGGUGGCCGAUGUGUUGACGUCAAUAAGUGCACGUGUGUUGGCGGUUGGCAAGGAGCUCGUUGCCAGAUAGAGCCCGUUCAGUGUCAGAAGCCCUGUAAAAACGGCGGCGUGUGCGAAGGCCUCAACAGGUGUCGCUGCGCCAAAGGAUUCACCGGAAGUCUCUGUGAAACGGCGGUGACCACCCCGUGCGUUCCUCCCUGCCGGCACGGCGCCACCUGUAGUCCUCACAAUACCUGCACCUGUCCCGAGGGCACUACGGGCCUGCGCUGUGAGAGACUGACAUGCCCUGUGGUCACCACCGUGGUCAGCAUGGCUCGGGCGGUGAGAAAAGCUUUUAAGGAAAGUUACGUUGACCGUUGCGGACCUUUGGGGAUUCAGCUUUGCACCAAAUACAGGAUGAACCAGGCACGUGUGUACCUGCAAGCCUACAGGGUGGGCUACAAAAUCCAAUGCCCGGAGAGGAAAGGCAGAUGAUGAACUGUUUGGAAUAAACAUUCCAGAAAGUACAUUUCAGUCAGUGCUGAAACAAGCAACUGCUGCGAUCACGACAAUUCGCCCAAAUGUUGAAAUUUGGCAAGAUAUGGGUUAAGAUUACUGUACAAGCCAAAGUGACGACUUUUUUUUUUCAAUUUCAAAUGGUGUUGUUUUCCUUAAAAGUAAACUGCACAAUGGACUCUGUUAUAAUUUUUUUUAUGGUGGAUUAAAGGUUCUUUUUUAUU